UCAACCGAGCAGUUUUGCUUUAUCGCAUCACGUCGAUCGGGGCCACCUGUCAAUUCAUGGCCGUGGCAUUGAUCUUGGAGGUUCAGAUUGUAUAUUUCUAUAACUGUACACUUGCUCGCACAUUCCCAUCGAUCGGACGCGCGAACAAUGAGACGUAGUAAUCCGCGCGCAUUCCUACGGCGCUCGCCGAUGCUUUGUGCUCCAAUCACGUCCUGAUAUUAGCUCUCGCUCAGUGUAUUUAAACGUACAUUUUCUUCUCCUCCGAACGCCGUGCGCAUCUCGCUUGAAUUGCAAUUCAUGUAUAAGCGGAAUGUGCUAAUGGAUAUUCUGAAUUGAUUAUACAGUGAAGAGGUUAUUUAUUUUAUCUAUGAGAAAGAGAUUUCGAUUUAAUCACAGCCAUGGAUACGGAUCAAUUUUACCGAAUUCAAGCUGUCGAUCGUGCACGUAAAAUACCUAGUGUGAAUUACUUAUGGGAUAAAUCCACAGAAGUGUACGAACGUGUAAAAGGCACAAACACGUUUGUAAAUUGGGCCUUUGACACCGUUGAAAGUGUAGUAAAUACAAUGAUAGAGAAGUCUCUGCCAGUCGCUAAAUUGAUGGAAAAACCAAUUUAUACGUUAGAUAAGACUCUAUGUCAGGGUAUCGAUUUUGUUGAAAUAAAUCUGCCAAUAAUUAAAGAAGAACCCAAACAGAUAUUGAAUCGUACGAAAUCUAUAGUAUCUGAACGUCUCCGUCCUGCGGUUAAAACUUUUACAGAUUUAAAGCAGGAAACAAAGCAGAGAGUAAGGGUUAUGACUUUACAUACAUAUUACAAGGUUCAUUACUUACGAAUCUAUAGUUGGCAACAAGCCGACAAGGUCAUGUCAACUGAAACUGGUAUCAAUAUUUUAAAGACUGUUGAUAAUACUACUGAUUUUGCGGAAGUCAUGUUAGACAAGUAUCUACCUCCGCCAGAGGAAGAAAUUCAUACUGAUACAGAACGAAUGUGUAGCGAACAUGUUAAGUUGCAUCAUACAAUGGAAAGACUAAGCGAAUUCAGCACUCGAGCAUCAAGACGUAUUUACUAUGCGUUAAUGGAGAGGGUGCAACAUAUGUAUAAAAUAGAAAUACUUAUUUUGGUAUUACAUGCGCUCAUAGUCAUCCAGGCAAUCAAGUUCUUGGAUACGGUAAUGAGUUUUAUAUUUAAAUUAUUCAGCGAUUGUCUUUUUUCGUCUUAGGGACACGCUCUAGUCUGUUUUAAUCGCGUAUGCAACAGCAUUUAAGAAAUCAGACUAUUUUUUAUCAUUUUUACACGAAAAUUACGACAUCAGUAUAUUUUACUUGCAAACUGCGAAUUUUACUUAAUACGGACGUUGUGAAACGUGUGACCAUUCGCAGAAUAAUUUCACGGUCCAAAAUAGAUUAAAAAAAAGCUGCGCUCUCAGCCAUGAUAUAUGGCAACGUUUCUCAUGAUAUUUCGCAUUUGCACAUUUCCGACUUCUUAAAUAAUCUUCCAACCACCGUUGGAAGAUUUAAAAGAAGAGUAAUCUGAUUAUUUUUUAUAGAAUAAAGUAAAUGUCCCUAUAUUAAAGAAUUUUGUAGAUUUUUUUUUUAAAUAUGCAGGAUGUUCUAAUGCUCUUUUUCUUUCAAACAUUGCAAACAUCGGAAACAUUGAAACUAAUUUUCAAGCAUAACUAAAAUUUAAAUAAUUCCGUUUGUUCAAGAAAUUGAGAUUUUGAGUCAUAAAUAAAAAAA